UACAGCUGUGAACCACUGUGCUUCCACUUGCUGAGUAGCCGCCGCCGCCUCGGCAAUUCUUAUCGGAAUUUGAGUUUCAGUGCGCAGUGACCCUCUUACUUGACAUUUCCUUUACACAAGCUCGAGCGGAGCGCGAGUCCAACGCACUGAGCUGGCACUCACCACCACCACCACCAGCAACAGCAAUCUUCAUGGAGGGUAGAUAACAACGCAAGUGCUCGCUUGUGCGAUGUGUGUCAAGCGAAGUGCAUAUCCGUAAUGUACAGGCACGCAUGCUCACUGUUGGAAUUGAGCUGAGCAGUUACAUACACACAUAUGUACAUAUUCAUGUAAGUAAAUGAUGCUCAUGUGGCAUAGUGUGUCUGCGCCUCUACUCGCAUUACUCACGCUCUUCCAGUACGUAGAAGUAGUUUUUGUUGGUUCUUAUUGCUGUUUCUUCGAUUGUACACACUCCCUUUUUCCUGUAGGAAAUGUACAAACAUUUUUCUUGUUUUUGCGUGGAGAGUGUGCCACAGCCGCGGAGCUAUAAAAGAGCGCUGCAUGCGAAGUUGAAAUCAUUCUAAAUUUGUACGUCAAACGUGCCACACGCAACGCAACGCAACGGAACGCACCAAGCGAAUAGCUCAUUGAAGAAUUUUAGCAGAAAAACCGAGAAUAUUUCGACGAAUAUGUGUCAACAACAGCAACAAUUAGCAGCGUCUACCAACGCCAACGCGAACACACAAAUACAGGGUUCCAAAUUGAAGUCGAGCUACAGCAUUAAACGUGUUUUGCAGACACUCUUCCGCAACAAGCAACAACAGCAGCAAACCAACAAGUUACAACGCCGCCAACAACAACGUUUGCAGCAACAAAAUCAACGUUUAUGCAAUUCACUGGAGUCAUUGGAGUCACUUGAAAAUUUGCGCAAUGCCCAAAUGGAAGAACAACAUUUCUAUGAGGAAAUCGAAGAUAACUCAGCCAACGAGAAGAUAGCAGAAUUGGCGCGUGAAGAUGAGGAGGAGGCGGAGGAGCAUGAUAUAUAUGUGCCCGUACGUUUUGCACGCACCGAAGCUGGUACCUUCUUUUGGACCACCAAUUUGCAACCGGUGUUGAGCAGUUUUGCGCCCGUCGCCGCCGAUGAGGAUCUACUGCAGCCCAGUUACUGUUACAGCAACUCACAAUAUCCGCACAUGCAGUAUCCAUAUCAUCACGUUCAAGAUCGUUGGGCACAAGCUUGAGGCUUGAUUGUGCGGAUUAGCAACUGAAGUGUUGUUGCUCUGUACGAUAUCAUUUGGGACUGGAGCUUUAGAUAUUUGUGAUACUCAUUCGUAGCGGCUGAAGUACUCGUAAUGAACUAGUUAAUAUAUUAUAUGUAUGCAUUGUGGACGUGAUAGUUGAAUCGAAGUGCUUCCAAUUUAGUAUUUAAGAUUCUGAAACAAAACGUCAAGUGCUCAUCCACGUUGAAGGCUUAAGUUUUUUAUUGACUUACUUAUGAGUUUUAUAUUCCUCAUUUUUAUUGUCAUUUAUUACUUCGUUUAUUUUUUAUUUUGAUUUCCUAGUUGCUAAGCGAUUUUUGUGAUAAUGAAAAGCUUUAAUUUUAUUUUUUCCACUAAGAAAUGAUAAAAAAAC